AUAGGGAUGCGAUAAUAGGCCCUGAAGGAUGGCAUCUCGAAAAUUCCUUGGAGUAGUUCUCCUGUACGCGUUCUUUGUAGCGUGUGUUAGAGCUGAUGCAGAAGCCGACGCUGAGGCUGAAGCUGAUCCUGAAGCUGACCCCGCUGGUUGCUGUUCCAGACCCACAACAUUCGUGAAAGGUAGACAAGGUCCCCAGGGAGUCCAAGGUCCAGAAGGGCCCGAAGGCCCCGCUGGUCCACCCGGAAACUCUGGUCUUCAAGGAGAUAAUGGCCCACCUGGACCCAAGGGAGAACGGGGUAACCCCGGUCUUGCUGGAAUGAAGGGAGUCCGAGGAGAACCUGGCAGCCGAGGACCUUCUGGACCACGUGGAACUGAUGGACAAGACGGUAUUGAUGGACAAGACGGUCUUCCAGGUCUCGAUGGUUGCAAUGGUACCGACGGAGAACUCGGAGCUAAUGGUGAACCUGGAUCUACCGGACUUAAGGGAGAACCCGGCCAAGACGGAACUCCUGGAGAUCAAGGACCCGCUGGUGAACCUGGUCUACCUGGUAAUGUGCUCGAUGGUGAUGCUGGUGAACCUGGUGAACCUGGUCAAGAUGGUUUGCCUGGAGCUCCUGGUGCCAAGGGUGCCCAAGGAGAAGCUGGUAACAAUGGAAACGAUGGUGAUGAUGGUCUUCCUGGAGUAGCCGGAGCUAAAGGAGCCUCUGGAGAACCAGGACCUCAGGGACCUCAAGGAGAACAGGGAGAACAAGGAGAACAGGGAGAUAAUGGACUCGACGGAGCACCUGGCAUUCCUGGAGCAGAUGGAGCUGAAGGUGCCAUUGGAGAGCAGGGUGAGCCUGGCGAGGAUGGUGUUGGUGUUCCUGGAAACGAUGGAGCCACUGGAGAACCCGGAGCAGCUGGUCAAAAGGGAGAAACUGGCAUUCCUGGUACUUCUGGAUUGAAGGGAGUUGAAGGAGACCAAGGUGAUGUUGGAGCCCAGGGAGAAAAAGGUGAUCAAGGACCCGAAGGACCUGAGGGACCUCAAGGUGACGAAGGCGAACGGGGACCGUCCGGAGACCAAGGGCCUAAAGGAGAAAUCGGAGAUCCCGGUGCUACCGGAGCUCUUGGUGAUAAGGGAGACACUGGAGAGCCUGGAGAUGAUGGUAAAGAUGGAACUCCUGGUAGUCCUGGAGAGAACGGACCCAAGGGUGACCCUGGUGAGACCAGAUUAGACGUCAUCGAAGGACCUAAAGGAGUUAUUGGAGAGGUCGGUGCUCAAGGCGAAAAGGGAGAAGAGGGAGCAGUUGGAUUAACUGGUGAGGCUGGAGACGCCGGUGAGAAGGGUGUUGCUGGUGCUAACGGUGUACCUGGAGAUGCAGGAGCCCAAGGAGAAAAGGGAGAGGCUGGAUCAGAGGGCAUGCCUGGAAUCGCUGGAGUGAAGGGCGCCAAGGGAGAAGAGGGCCCAGAGGGACCUGAGGGAGCUGAUGGUAACCCCGGUGCCAACGGUAACCCCGGUGCUGAUGGAAGCAAAGGAGAACCUGGUAUUCCCGGAGAUGCUCUCGAAGGAAUCAAGGGAAAUCAAGGAGAGGUAGGAGAGCAAGGAGAGCAAGGAGAACAAGGUCCCGUUGGACAAGACGGUGCAUCAGUGAAAGGAGAUGGAGGUGCCCCUGGAUUACCAGGAGUGUCUGGUCUUAAAGGAGCUCCCGGUGAAAAUGGAGUGCCCGGUGACGAAGGAGCACAAGGUGAGGCCGGUGCUGUUGGAGCUACUGGUGAGCCAGGUGAGAACGGCUCAGAUGGAGCUAACGGCCGUGACGGAAAUCCUGGAGCAAAGGGAGAACAAGGAGAAAAUGGAGCCACAGGUGAACCUGGAGCUGAUGGCGCUAACGGUGUAGACGGUAACGAUGGUGCUGAUGGCUUAAAAGGACCCGAGGGACCUGCAGGAGAUCAGGGACAAAAGGGAGAUCAAGGACUUGAAGGUCUUCCCGGAGUUGCUGGAGCCAAGGGAAACCAAGGAGAAGCAGGAGACAAAGGAGAGACUGGUAGUGAUGGCGAAAACGGUGUUGAUGGAGAUAACGGUGUUGAUGGAACCGAUGGUGCAUCUGGUGAGGAUGGUGCCAAGGGAGAAGUCGGUCAAGACGGUGCUGAAGGACCCAAAGGAGAAGUAGGCAUGAGCGGAAACAACGGACCCCCUGGUGCUCCUGGAGAUAAGGGUGCACAAGGAGCCAAUGGAGAAGAUGGACCUGAAGGUGAUGCUGGUGUCCCCGGAUUAAAUGGUGUCGACGGAGAUGAGGGACCUCAAGGACUUAAGGGAGAUCAAGGAGCUGUUGGUGAGGAGGGACCUAAGGGAGACGCUGGAAACCCCGGAUCUGAUGGACAAAACGGUAACGAUGGAGCCAACGGAGAUGUUGGUGAAAUUGGACAAAAGGGAGACCAAGGACCUCAAGGAGCUCAAGGACCCGCGGGAAUUCAGGGAGAUUCUGGACAAGAUGGUUUACCAGGAACUCCAGGUUCCAAGGGACCUCAAGGAGACGCAGGUAAUAACGGAGAUGUUGGAGAACAAGGAGCCAAGGGAGAUGCUGGUGAUGAAGGAGACCAAGGACCCACCGGUGAGAGUGGCAAGAAUGGAGAAAAUGGAAACCCAGGUUCCAAUGGUGUGCCAGGACAGGACGGUAGUCCAGGAGAACAAGGUCCCCAAGGUCCCACUGGAGAAAAAGGAGACAUUGGUGAAUCCGGAGAGGUUGGACAGACUGGUGAGCCUGGAGAACCUGGUCAGGAAGGAGCUGAGGGACUUCCCGGAGUUCCCGGAGGAAAAGGUGGUCAAGGAGAAUCAGGUCAGCCUGGACAAAACGGAGCUGAUGGUGCCCCAGGAGACCAAGGACCCCAAGGAGAACAGGGACCCGAGGGACCUGAAGGUCCCCAGGGACCUCAAGGAGACCAAGGAGAAAAAGGAGAAGCCGGCGAAAGCAUCAAGGGAGAACAGGGCGCCACUGGCGACCAAGGAGCUCAAGGAGAAGCUGGUAACCCUGGUGAAGACGGUGGUGAAGGAGAUAACGGACCUGAUGGAGAUCAAGGAGAAAAGGGACAAAUUGGUAAUCCUGGAUCUGUCGGAGACCAAGGAGACCAAGGAGAUCAAGGAGAACCCGGAAGCAAUGGAGACAAAGGAGCCCAGGGACCUCAGGGUGAUGAAGGAGCUGAGGGUGAUAAGGGACCUCUUGGACCCCAGGGUGCUCAGGGACCUGAUGGAGACGAUGGUGAAAAUGCAGCAAAGGGUGCAGUAGGAGAACCUGGUGAUAUUGGAGCACAAGGACCCCAGGGUCCAACUGGAGAUCAAGGAGCUGUGGGAGAGCAAGGCCCAGAUGGAGACGAUGGAGCACAAGGCUCAUCCGGAGAGGCUGGAGCCAAGGGUGAACAAGGAGAAGAAGGUCCACCAGGAGAAAAUGGUAUGAACGGAUUCCCCGGAUCUACUGGUUUCAAGGGAGCUAAGGGUGCAGUUGGAGACCCUGGUGAUGCUGGUGCCGAUGGAGAAGAGGGUGAUGAAGGUCCAGAUGGCCACGAAUCCAAGGGAGAACCUGGAUCCACCGGAGAACCGGGCGAACAGGGAGAAGCUGGUGCUAAGGGACAACCAGGAACCGACGGAGACGCUGGAGCCCAAGGAGAACAAGGACCUAACGGAGAAGCCGGAGCUCAAGGUGAGACUGGUCCUGAUGGCGAAAAUGGAGACGAAGGAGACCAAGGAGUUGAAGGAGAAAAAGGUGCUAGUGGAUCCAAGGGAGAGCCUGGUAAUGAUGGAGCUGAUGGUGAGCAAGGAGACGCUGGAGACCAAGGCGCAAAAGGACUACAGGGAGCUAAGGGCAUUCAGGGCAUUGAAGGAAUUGAAGGACCAGUCGGUAUUCCCGGAGAGCAAGGGAUCAGGGGAUUCGAAGGAGUAGCCGGGGCUAAUGGGAAUGAUGGUCCUGUCGGUGAAAGUGCAAAACCACAAGCCUGCCGUGGCGAACCGGGUGAACAAGGCCCAUUAGGAGCCGAGGGAGAUUCUGGUGAUACUGGUGAAGCAGGUGCCGUAGGAGACAAGGGAGUUUCUGGACCUCAAGGCGAACAGGGAGAUGAUGGAGAACCCGGUAUGCAAGGAGCAACAGGACAGGAUGGAAAGGCUGGAGAAUCUGGAGUUGAUGGACCACAAGGAGCAGUUGGAGAGCCUGGUGCUGACGGAGAGGUUGGACAAAAGGGAGAAGCUGGUGUCGGAACCCAAGGUAACCUUGGUAUUGAUGGAAUUGAUGGUGAAAAGGGAGCUGCUGGAGAACCAGGCCGACAAGGUGAAAAGGGCCCAAUUGGAGACCAAGGAAACGUUGGUGAACAGGGCGCACAGGGAGAUGCUGGAGCCAAGGGUGUUCAAGGACCUCUUGGACCUCAAGGACCUCAAGGAGAACAGGGAGUCGGUGGAGACGCAGGCGCUAAAGGAGAAGCCGGUGCCGACGGAGAAAAGGGAGAUGCUGGUGCACCAGGACCCAGAGGACAGAAGGGUGUCGUUGGAGAUUGGGGAGAAGACGGAAACAUCCUUAUUGUUGUCGAUCCCGAAACCGGUGGACAAACUAAAGAAUUCGUUGUUUGGGUCAAUCUUAUUAGCGAAGUGUUGAACUACACUCAGCUGGCCGAAAAAGGAGAACGUGGAUUAGAAGGACCUGCUGGACAACAAGGAAUAAAGGGAGAACCCGGUAUUCCUGGAAGCGAUGGAGCUAACGGCAUCAACGGUGUAGAUGGAAACCCCGCUGAGAAUGGAGUUGAUGGAAUUCCCGGCCGAGAUGGAGAUGACGGUGCAACUGGAGCUAAGGGAGAAACUGGAGCUCCUGGAAACGAUGGCGAUAAUGGACCCUCAGGAGAGGCCGGUGAACCUGGUCAAAAGGGUCUUGCUGGAAUCAAGGGACAAAAGGGACAACAAGGAGAUGAUGGAUCUAAGGGACAAAAGGGUCCUGAGGGAGUGUGUGAACCUGAUGAGUACCAUCCUUGUAACUGUGACACACAUACCGUCGUCAGACAUUCUCAAACUACCGAAGCCCCAGAAUGUCCUACAGAUUACGAAUCUCUGUGGUCUGGAUUCUCUCUUGUGUUCUUCGAAGGCAACGGCUACGGACUCUCACAAGAUCUUGGAAGCGCCGGAUCUUGCCUCGAGGAGUUCCAACUGAUGCCUUUCAUGCAGUGCUCAAGCUCUGAUGUGUGCAGACACGGUGUCCGAACUGACAAAUCUUUCUGGCUGGCUGUUGACGCCGAGGCUGACUUCACCGUCAAACCCAUGACAAGCAUUGACGAGAUUGUGCCACAUAUUUCAAGGUGCCGAGUCUGUGUUGGAACCAAAUACGUCCUCGCAAGACAUUCCUUCAAAGACACAGCCCCUGAUUGUCCAAAUAACUUCCACGAACUUUGGACCGGCUACUCAUAUCUCAUGGUAACUUCAUCUGGCACAUCUGGUGGUGGUCAGGACCUUGCUUCUUCCGGCUCCUGCCUGGAGAACUUCUACCUGCCAACCUUCAUUGAGUGUCUCGGACGAGGUACUUGCGCAUACUACAUCAACAACUUGGACUACUGGCUAGCCCAGAACCCCGAUAUUAGCCAACCCGGUAUGUGGGGUAUGGGUAACGUGUACAGUGGUCUUGACGACAUCCUUGACCAAGGAGUCGCUAGAUGCACAGUCUGUGCCAGAAAUACCGUCUAGAUGAACAAUUGGAUUGUAUAUAACGAACCAUGGCGUUUAAACGAUUUUGAUGUACGAGCACUUUUGUACAUGUAGGAUUUUAAACUUUAUCUUAAUUUAUUUUUAUUAUACCAGCUUUUUAUAUUUUUGCUGCUGAAGUUUGCUAUUUUCAUUGCAAUAUUCGUCCUAAUACUAUCCUACUCCACUCUAGAUGCAAUCCUAAAAGGCCUCUGGUACUUCCAUCAUCUGUAAAUAAAAUUAGAGUAAAUUUUGUUUUUAUAAAUAUUUUUACUAUUCAUUUUAUAACUAUAAAUUAUGAAGUAUUUUAUGCAAUCUCUUUUAAACCAUGUUUGUAUACUGUUAACAUUAACAAGUGGUCAUCCCUCAGGACUUAUUAGCUACAUUUUGAUUCGACAUGUAACAUUUUAAUAAAUUAAGUUCUGAGGUCGACCAUAAUGGCACCGCAAUCAA